UUUACGGCAGUUGUUCUAAGAUUAUGCCAGUUUUUGCUUUCAUGCGGGACUCCUUAUAUGUUUUCAGAAUAUUCGAUCAGUUGUUUAUUUAACAAGGAACGUUUUCAAAGCGUUUGUAAGACAAACUGGUUUAUCAGAGCAAAUCUCCUCACCCGGACAGGGGGAUUAAAGAAGUGGAAACUGGCAACCCAGAUCAAAUUAGCUGAGCAAGACAACGGCCUUAGCAGUGAGCUACCUCUCCGUUUGCACAGACUGCAAAAAGACCCCCUAACGUAUAUACAUUGUGCUUCGGGAUUAUGUCGGCAAGUGAUAACGACUCUGUCGAAUUGACCAGAACAGGAUCCCCCGUGCAUCACAGAAAAAAGCACAGUAUGGAGUCAUCCCGAUCUCCCAGAAGCUCCAAACACCACCAUUCACGGUCAAGGUCACGCUCCAGGGACAGAAAACGUGACAGAAAAUACAGACGAAGUCGCAGCAGGAGCAAAGAGGCACGAAAGAGAGACUCUGAGAAGCCAUCAAAAUCACACAGAAAAACAGACGAGCAGCAAGAGCAAGAGAGACUUUGCGUAGAGAAUGGAGAGGAGCGAUCCAGGCGCAAGGAUAGGAAGUCGUCGAAGGGCCGGAGCUUGUCCAGGUCACACUCAAGAGAGAGACGCCACCACAGCAGAAGUAGGGACAAACGGCGAUCACGAUCACGCAGUCGGGACAGGAAGAAGAAGGCUAGGUCUCGCUCAGGUUCAAGGACCAAACACCGUCAUCAUAGCAGAAGUCGCAGUAAGAGCAGGGAGAGAAAGAAAAGGACGGAGAAAGUGCGCCGAAAGAGUCGAAGCAGGUCUGUUAAUCCACCUGCCUUCCGGGGCCGAAACACAGCUAUGGAUGCACAGGAGGCCCUGGCCAGAAGGUUAGAGAGAGCCAAGAAACUACAGGAGCAGAAAGAGAAGGAAAUGUUUGAGAAACAGCAGCAGCAACAGCAGGAAAUAGCUGCAGUGGCUGCCCCUAUUGCAGCGGCUGCUGCUGCUGCAGCAGCUGCCUCAAACCCUGCCCUCAACGUGGCAGCCCUCCUGGCCUCUGGGACGCAGGUCACACCUCAGAUUGCCAUGGCGGCACAGAUGGCAGCCCUUCAAGCAAAAACCCUGGCAGAGACUGGUAUUGCUGUGCCCAGCUACUAUAAUCCUUCCGCUGUAAACCCCAUGAAGUUUGCAGAGCAGGAGAAAAAGAGGAAAAUGCUAUGGCAGGGAAAGAAAGAUGGGGACAAGUCCCAAACAGCCGAGUUAUGGGAGAAGCUAAACUUUGGAAACAAGGACCAAAAUGUGAAAUUUCGCAAACUAAUGGGUAUUAAAGGAGACGAGGAGGCAGAAGCUUCCAAACCACUGAACGAUGAAGGCUUGAAGACUCUCCAGAAACAAGAGGAGAUGUUUAGGAACCUUGAUGUACAGUAUGAGAUGGCUCGGUCUCAAACACACACUCAGAGGGGGAUGGGCCUCGGCUUUUCCUCCUCAUUCUCACGUGGAAUGGAUUCUGUCUAGUGCCAAACUCUGGCCGUCAUUGCCACUCACCUGAUCAUAUAGGACUACCAAUUCAUCGCUAGCCCUGAAGCUUGCAUGGACGUUGCUCUGAAUCUGUAAUUUAUUUAUAGACAAAGGUCUCGCAUAUUGGAACAUAAUGUAAAUAGCCAAGUGCUGAGUUGGUCUCAGUGUUUAUUAAUCUGUACAUCUUUGCAGAGGAAGCAUCAUUUUCACUGGUUGAUGCAGGAGAAAAUUAGGUAUUUGUUUUGAAUAAUGUGGUAGCUUUUUUUAAACUCAAAUAUAUAUUGAUAUGUUGUUGUUUGAACAUAAACUGAAUAUAAUGUGGUUCAAGUGAACACUGUUUACAUUCAUUUAGUAAAAGGCAUCUGAAGUCAAUGUAGCAUUAUCAGAAUCCUUAGUUUCACUUCUCUUGAUUGGGGAAAAACAAAACAUGGGUUAUAAUACAUAUUGUCUUCUGGAUUGCCAUGGAUAGAGAUGCACUUGAAGGGAGUAAUAUGUUUCAAAUGUUCUUGAAAUAAAUUAGUUUUGUGUUGA